GGGGGGGGAGAGGGAGAGAGAAAAAAAAAACCCCAACGGUGGGCAGUGAGUGGCCUGUCGUUAAAAGCCGGUCACCUCGCGGCAGAAUGGGUCCUCCAAGCAACUAUAGUUGAUUCUUUUGAUCAAUUGCAUGCAGUUUUGAAAUUAAAUCCUCGUGUAUGUAAUAUGGUGGUCUUAACUCCUCCAAACCAGAAUUGUAUAACAUAAUAAUGGCAAAGAGAACUGCGGAUAAGGAGCUGACUGACCGGAACUGGGAUCAGGAGGAAGAAUCUGAAGAGGCUUCAGAUGUGUGCAGUACCAAAGCACUCUUCACAGCUGCGGGAACCUUCUCAGUUGCAAGCGAGGAUGUGUUGAAAAACCGAGCUAUCAAAAAAGCUAAACGAAGAAACAUCCUCUCUGAGUCUGAAGGUAGUGGAGUAUUCAAAGGGUUCCCUGGGCUUGCCCCAUCAACUGGAAUUCCUGGGUUUGGAGCAUUUGGAAGCGGUUCAAGUUUCAAACCUCUGCAGGGAUUGUCCAACGGAAGUGGAGCGUCAUCCUCUGCCUCAUUUGCUACGUUCACUUAUGCUAGUGAUAUAACCAAUAGAGUGGAUUCGCUUAAGUCUAAUGGUCCUCCACAAAAUCAGUUAGCAAAGGACGAAAUGGGUACAAAAACAAAUGGCAUUAAUCUGAUCAGCUCUCAAAGUAAAAUGGGCAGCACUGAGUACAACAAACAGCUAGCAGCGCUGAAUUGCUCAGUCCGAGACUGGAUCACGAAACAUGUCAAUGAAAAUCCACUCUGUGACUUGACCCCAAUCUUCAAGGACUAUGAGAAGCAUUUGACAAGCAUUGAGCAGAAAUAUGGCAGCAGCUCUGACAGUGGCUCAGAAAGUGGUACCAGCAACAAGAGGCCAGAAAUGCAAUCUGUUUCCACGUUUGGUGCUUCCAAAAUACCACGAGGUGCUUCCCCAUCUUUAUCUUUAUUCUCAGCUGACAAGAGCAAGGAUACAGCACCAUUCACCUCCGAGAAAAAGGCAGACAUCACUUCAGGAAAUAGUGGGAAUGCUGGCUUCCUCUUUGGGAAAAAGGUGGAAAACUCUCCCAUGGCCGGCUUCUCUUUCAGCAGUGGUGUCUCAGGCUCAUUAUUUGGAAAAGAUGGUAACCAAGGCAAGACUGCUGCUCCUACCUUCUCCUUCACAGUGUCUGCCGGCAACUCAGAAGAAGUAAAAGACAGUGAAAAUAAAGAUGAAAAAGGAGAUCAAGAGAAUGAAGAGCCGCCUGAACCAGUUGUGAAUGAAAUCAAAGAGGAGGAUGCCUUCUUUUCCAAAAAAUGUAAACUGUUCUACAAGAAAGAUGGAGACUUCAAGGAUAAAGGAAUAGGAACAAUCCAUUUGAAACCUGUGGCAGAUCAAAAGAUUCAAUUGUUAGUGCGAGCAGAUACCAACCUAGGAAAUAUUUUGCUGAAUAUUAUGCUCCACCCAUCGCUACCUUGUACGAGGACUGGAAAGAACAACAUCCUCAUUGUCUGUGUUCCUAACCCGCCCAUUGAUGACCAGAAUCCUGAUGCUGCUAUCCCAAUUUUGAUCCGGGUGAAAACCUCUGAAGAUGCAGAUGAGCUCCACACAAUUAUAACUGAGAAAAAGGCUGCGCUUCAAGUGUAAUUCCUGCUGAAUUUAGUAAUGUAAAACAUUUCUGCAAAUUGCUGCUGUUGCUCUUUAAUCCUCAAUCUUUUCUUUUUUUAAAAUGUAAAAAAAAAGUUUGAUCGAUCAAGAGGAAAAAUAACAUGGUCAUUUUUGGUUAAGGACCGGUUUUAAGCGCUCCAGGACGCUAUCCCGUGCGAAGGGUGCUACGUAAAUGCAGGUUGUUGUUAACAGUUUUGACAUAUUGCACAUAAAUAAGUUCAACAUUGAUUUGGACAUCCCCACAUUUUUUUUACAUGUGUGAAACUGGUUCUUUUCUGUGUACAGUUGUGACUUGUUGACCUGAUUUUAGCAACUUUGAUAACUAAUUUUUAUACCCUAAAUUUAAGAGGGGCCAAAUGGAAUCUAUACCUGUAUCUGGUGGAGGAUUGGAUUCCCAACAAAGAAUGUUCCAAAUUUAAAUCGUUGACUCUUCUACCAUUCAAACUUUCUGAAUGAAUAAUGUCUUAUACCUUUGAGACCUCAAAAGCAGCAGGUUCUGAAGCUGUUGUAAUCAUCUUCACAGGCAUUCUCUCCUUGCCCCCUGUCCCCGUUGCCCUCUCCCUCCCUAAAAGCAACUCAUGUCACUUACAGUGGACACUUUAAGAGGUUCUCAGCUGAUAUUGAAACGAGGUAAAGAAGUUGGAAGUUGAUGAAAAAAUAGAACUAAAGAUGAAUAAGACAAAUCAAACUAAACCAGAGAAUUAACGAGCAAUAUUUGGGAUAAAGUAAAGCAAAAUGAAGGAUUUUUUUUUAAAACAAGUAGGAAAUGAAGGUGAACAGAGUUGAUAAAACGGCAAGAUGAUGAGUGACGAUUUGGGGGUGGGGGGGGUAGAAAUGGUCUCUUACAGCUAUCCAUCCUAACUACUACGAAGCCACAUGAUUCUCAUUCAUGUCACCAAAUUGUAAUAAAACUCUUUACAAUCUGA